UCCCCGCCGCCCGCAAACAUGCGGAGAGCCCUCCGCCACCGCCCGCGCCUCCCGCCGCCAGCUCAAACCCCGCCGUCCUCCUCACUCCCAUGGUACGCCGCGCCGCCGCAGCCGCCGUCGCACUCGCCCCCCACAUCCGAGGCCGACCCCCUCAUCGUCGCCGCCUCCGAAGUCGCGCUCACCCUGCCCGUCCACCCCGCCCCGCUCCCGGCCACCGCACCCCCGCCGCUCCUGCGCCUCCUCCCCGCUUUCACCUCCGCCCACUUCCUCACCCUCCUCCGCAGCAACCCGCUCUCCCUCCCGCCGCUGCCGCUCCUCUCCCUCUUCCGCCUCCUCCUCGCCGGCUCCCCUCCGGGCCUCUUCCGCCACACGCCCGCCUCCUUCCUCUCCAUGUCGCACCACCUCUUCCUCCACCGCCUCCCGGACCACGCCCGCCAGCUCCUCCGCCUCCUAGCCUCCCGCCUCGGCCGCUCCUCCUCGCCGCGCCUCCUCCCGCUCCUCCUCCCCGCCGCCUCCCCCAGCGACCCCGCCCCUCUCGUUGCCGAGCUCGCCGCGGCCUACGCCGACGAGGGCCUCCUCUCCGACGCGUGCUCGCUCGUCGUCCUCGCCCUCCGCCAGGGCACCCGUCUGCCGGCGCCCAUGUGCUCCGGCCUCCUGGGCCGGCUCCCCACUACCCCCGAAGCAUACGCUUUCUACCUGCAGCUCCUUGACGCCGGCAUGCCCCCGGAGGCCAGGCAGUUCAACGUGCUGAUGCGGGAUUUCGUCAGAUUGGGGGAGCUUGCAAGCGCACGCAAGGUGUUCGACGAAAUGCGAAGCCGCGGCGUGCAGCCAACCGUGGUCAGCUUUAACACCUUGAUUUCAGGCAUGUGUAGAGCGCGUGACCUGGACGGUGUGCACGCUGUGUACAGAGGAAUGGCAGAGGCAGGCGUCACGCCAGAUGUCUAUACUUACGGUACUCUGAUAAAAGGUUUGUGCAAUACAGGUAAGCUAGAGGAUGCAACAAAAAUGUUUGAUGAAAUGCGUGAAAGAGGCGUGAACCCCAAUGCCGUUGUGUUCACGACACUGAUAGACGCGCAUUGCAAGGAGGGGAAUGUGCAGGUUGGAAUGGACCUGUACCAGGAUAUGAGGGCAAGGGGUGUCAUGCCAGAUUUGGUGGCAUACAAUGCUCUGGUGAACGGGCUUUGUCGGGCGAGAGAUUUUAAGUCCGCCGAAUGCAUUGUGGAAGAGAUGAGGAAGGCAGGUCUCAAGCCGGACAAGGUGACUUACACCACCCUCAUCGAUGGUUGUUGCAAGGAUGGCAAGUUAGACAUGGCGAUGCACAUUAAACAGAAAAUGGCAGACGAAGAGGUUGCAUUGGAUGAGGUGACAUAUACAGCUCUCAUCUCAGGGUUGAGCAAGGCAGAAAAGCCAGUCGAUGCCGAGAGGGUCCUUGUUGAGAUGACGGAAGCUGGUUUGGAGCCUGACAACACGACUUACACGAUGGUGAUCGACGCCUUCUGUAGAAAAGGUGACGUCAAGACAUGCUUCAAACUACUGAAGGAGAUGCAGAACAAGGGUCGAAAACCAGGAGUUGUGACAUAUAAUGUGAUCAUGAGUGGCCUCUGCAAGCUGGGGCAGUUGAAGAAUGCUGACAUGCUUCUUCAUGCAAUGCUGAAUUUAGGAGUGCCCCCUGAUGAUAUCACAUACAACAUUCUCUUGGAUGGGCAGUGCAAGCACGGAAAAGUUACUGAUCCUGAAGAAUUGAAAAGUGCAAAAGGAAUGGUUUCAGAUUUUGGUGUUUAUACUUCACUGAUCAAUGACCUUGUCAAGAAAAAGCCAGCUAAGAGCUACCACGAUUGAUAGGGUUGCCGGUAAAGAUUUUGUAAGUAAAUCGCCUGGUCAAUAGAAAAAAAUCAUUGGUCUGCAGACAGAAAAAUACAAUGUGAAUAGGCUCUGCCGAGUUUAUGCAGAUGAAUACUGUUACUGCACUCCUAGACAGGGAUACAUCACUGCAUACCAUGGUGAAGAUCUCUGUCGAAGCAUGACGAAGCUCAAGAUUCUGAAAUACUGAUAACACCAGAAUACCAGAUAACCUUUUCCUGAUCCUGUACUUUUCUCUGAUCAGUAAAUUUAUUAAGAUGGUCACAGAUGUUUACAUGAACAUGUAAUCUGAGACGUCUUGAGUAGUUUCUCUGACAUACCAAUUAUUUGUUGCUUGCUUAUAGAGCUUGAGAUAAUUUCCCUUGCUGCAUAACUUGAAACUGAUUUGCUCCCAUUUAUAUGGCAGAUUCACAGGCAAGUCUAACUUGUUACCUUUUCUUAUGAUUCUGUCCUACCUCAUGUUUUCUACUAUUUAAAUCUUGUUGUUGCAGAGCUUGUAAUGGGAUAUCAGUAGCUCUCUCAAA